AAUGUGCAUGUAAGAUGCAGCCUGACCCGAGCUGCCGUCUGGAGCCCUUGCUGUGCUGGGACCAUGAGGGCCUUGGAGGAGAGUCUCUUCUGGAUGCUGCUCCUGGCCCUCUGCUUGGUGGCAAGUGCCACAGAGCAUGCGGAGGUGGCAAAACAUGCCAUCAAGCUGCACCGCGGCAAGGGAGCACCUGCCGCCCAGAGGAGGCAGUGGGCCCUGGACAGCUGCAGGAAGCUCACCGGGCUCCUUCGGCAGAAGAGUAUUGUUCUCAACAAGCUGAAGAGUGCUAUCAGAGCCGUGGAAAAAGAUGCUGGCCUGUCAGAUGAAGAGAAGCUGUUCCAGGUGCACACGUUUGAGAUUUUCCAGAAAGAACUGAAUGAAAGUGAAAAUUCCGUCUUCCAGGCCAUCCACGGGCUGCAGAGAGCCCUGCAGGGGGAUUACAGAGACGUGGUCAACAUGAAGGAGAGCAGCAGGCAGCGGCUGGAGGCCCUACGGGAGGCCGCCAUCAAGGAAGAGACCGAGUAUGUGGAACUUCUCGCCGCAGAAAAACAUCAGGUGGAAGCCCUUAAGCACAUGCAGCAUCAGAACAAGAGCCUCUCCAUGCUGGACGAGAUCCUCGAGGACGUGAGGAGGGCGGCAGAUCGCUUAGAGGAGGAGAUAGAGGAGCAUGCCUUCGAUGACAACAAAUCAGUCAAAGGGGUCAACUUUGAGGCAGUUUUGCGGGUGGAGGAGGAAGAGGCCAGUUCCAAGCAGAACAUCACAAAGCGGGAUGUGGAGGAGGGCCUGGGCUUGAGCAUGCUGAUCGACUCCCAGAAUAACCAGUAUGUCCUCACAAAGCCCCGGGACGCCACCAUUCCACGUGCAGACCACCACUUCAUAAAGGACAUUGUCUCCAUAGGAGUGCUGUCCUUACCUUGUGGCUGGCUGUGCACAGCAAUAGGGCUGCCCACCAUGUUUGGGUACAUCAUCUGCGGUGUGCUUCUGGGGCCGUCAGGACUGAACAGCAUCAAGUCCAUGGUCCAGGUGGAGACUCUGGGAGAGUUCGGGGUCUUCUUCAGUCUCUUCCUCGUUGGCCUGGAGUUCUCCCCGGAGAAGCUGAGAAAGGUGUGGAAGAUAUCCUUACAAGGACCAUGCUACAUGACCCUGCUGAUGACGGCCUUUGGCCUGCUGUGGGGACACCUCCUGCAGAUCAAACCCACUCAGAGUGUCUUCAUUGCCACCUGCCUGUCCUUGUCUAGCACUCCCCUGGUGUCUAGGUUCCUUGCAGGCAGUGCCCGGAGUGAUAAAGAAGGUGACGUUGACUACAGCACCCUGCUGCUGGGCAUGCUGGUGAUGCAGGACGUGCAGCUGGGGCUGUUCAUCGCUGUCAUGCCGGCGCUCAUACAGGCGGGAGCAGCCCCGUCCUCCAGCGUGGUCGUGGGAGUGCUGCGCACGCUGCUCCUGGCUGGCCAGACCCUCUUCUCCCUGGCUGCGGUCUGUCUGCUGUGUCUCCUCCUAAAGACGUACCUCAUAGGACCCUUCUGCCGGAAGCUGCACGUGGAGAGCAAAGGGAACAAGGAGGUUCUCGUCCUGGGCGUGUCUGCCUUCAUCUUCCUAAUGCUGACGGUCACAGAGCUGCUGGACGUGUCCAUGGAGCUGGGCUGCUUCCUGGCCGGAGCUCUGGUCUCUUCCCAAGGCCACAUGGUCACUGAGGAGGUCAUGGCCUACCUUGAGCCCAUCCGCGACUUCCUGGCCAUCGUCUUCUUCGCCUCGAUAGUUUGUGUUGGCAGCACUGGUCUUGUCUCUCAUCCUGCCAAAGAGCAGCCAGUACAUGAAGUGGAUCAUCUCUGCAGGGCUGGCCCAGGUCAGCGAGUUCUCCUUUGUCCUGGGGAGCCGGGCGCGGAGAGCAGGCAUCAUCUCCCGGGAGGUGUACCUCCUUAUACUAAGUGUGACCACACUCAGCCUUCUGCUGGCCCCUGUGCUGUGGAGAGCUGCAAUUACAAAAUGUGUGCCAAGAUCGGAGAGGCGGUCCAGUCUCUGACCAUGCUGGGUGUUGAGCAGCUCUGGGACGACCUCUGGAGGGAGUGUGCGCUGGUGUCAGCCGGAGUGCCGUCAGCAAGGAGCAGUGUCCUCCUGUCUGCCUGUUGGCUCAGGCUCCUGUUGUUGCGGAAGUUCCUGGCAUGACUGUCUUGCACUUGUGCACAGUAGGACCGAGGCACUGGCUCAUAGGUGGCUCCACUGUUUUGCCUCUAUGUGCCUUUUUUUCUGAAGUUAUUAUUAAUUUCUAUUGUUAAUUCAUCAGUUAAUUAUUUUUUGUAAAGAAAAAAAAAUUAGGAAAAUUUUUAUUGUGCAACUUUAGAAUUACAAUCUGUUAGUCAACUACUUGUUAUUAAACCUGUCUGUGCUGAAAUCUUAA